AACUCCUGACACAGCCAGGUCGCACGGGGCGCGGCAGGGAGGAAGGGAGAUUGAGAAAGCCCUUUUCCCACAAAGCCGCUGUGCGGCGGUCCCCGGUCCCCGCCCCCUCCCCCGGGCCACGGCCGGAGUGCGGGGAGCCGCCGCGAGCCCUUUAAGGGCCGAGAGGUGCGCGGUCUCUUUAAGGCAGGUCCUGGUGGUUUCUGUUUUCCGAAGGAAGUGACGGGGGGUGGGAUUGAAUGAAAAGUGCAAAACAGAGUCUCGGAGCGCCGGAGUCGGGGGCCGCGGCAGUCGCGGCGCUGGGCCGGUGGGCGCGCGCGGGGGCCCCGGGAGCGCCGCGUCCGCCUCGGAGCUGCCGGGGGGCGCGCGGCGGAGCGCAGCCCACGUGCGUCCGCGCCACGUCGCUGGCCCCCAGCGCCCGAGCCCUCCGGGGAGCCGCUGCCCCGCGCCCCGAACUAGCCGGUAACUUCGCGCGAAGUUUGGCAGCGCCCCUCGCCGCGCGGUCGCGGCGGGCCGGGGCCCCGGGGAUGCGCCCACCCGGCCGCCGCGGGGUCCCCACGGCGCCCCCCGCGCUGCUGCUGCUGCUGCCACUGCUGCUGCCGCUGCUCGUGCCGCUGCUGGGGGCGCUGCGCGGCGUGGGCGCGGGGCCGGGCGCGCCGGCCGAGCUGCGGGUCCGCGUGCGGCUGCCCGAUGGCCAGGUCACCGAGGAGAGCCUGCAGGCGGACAGCGACGCCGACAGCAUCAGCCUUGAGCUGCGCAAGCCCGACGGCACCCUCGUCUCCUUCAUCGCAGACUUCAAGAAGGAUGUGAAGAUCUUCCGAGCCCUGAUCCUGGGGGAACUGGAGAAGGGGCAGAGUCAGUUCCAGGCACUCUGCUUUGUCACCCGGCUGCACCACAAUGAGAUCAUCCCCAGUGAGGCCAUGGCCAAGCUUCGACAGAAUCCACAGGCGGUGAGGCAGGCGGAGGAGGUGCGGGGCCUGGAGCACUUGCACAUGGACAUCGCCGUCAACUUCAGCCAGGGGGACCUGCUGAGUCCCCAUCUCCACAAUGUGUGUGCCGAGGCCACUGAUAGCAUCUACACCCGCCAGGAGGACGUCCGGUUCUGGCUGGAGCAAGGUGUGGACAGCUCCGUGUUUGAGGCUCUGCCCGAGGCCUCGGAGCCGACGCACUGCGGGCAGGUGGCGGAUGGCGGGAAGCCGUGUGUCUGUCGCUACGGCCUGAGCCUGGCCUGGUACCCCUGCCUGCUCAAAUACUGCCACAGCCGCGACCGGCCGGCCCCCUACAAGUGCGGCAUCCGCAGCUGCCAGAAGAGCUACACUUUCGACUUCUAUGUGCCCCAGAAGCAGCUGUGUCUCUGGGACGAGGAGCCCUAGCCGGGGCCGGGGCACAGGCGGUGGUCCUUGACGUAGCUGCUCCGGGUCCACCAUGCUUCCCCCAGCCCCCAGAGGGGGUGGCAGCACCCCCUCCCCCACUGAGGCCUUACUUCCCUUCUCCCUUCUUCCCCGGAGCCUCUGGCCCCAUCAUGCAAGACUGUGAACAGGGGUGAGGCACGGCAGGGGUUAACUCGUGAAGGCAGCCACCCCCCCCCCCCCCCCCCCCCCCGCUCCCAGCCUGUGCCUCCCUUGGGGACAGAGGGAAGGGGGCUCAGAUUUGCCCCCUCCCUUUAGUCUCCCCUCAAGUGUUCUCUUUCAAGCAACCAAAAUGUGAUGGCCUGUGAUUCUAUUUAACUCUUUGAAGGCUUAGACCCUAGAAGGUGUCUAUGCCUGUGACACCGACCCCCCCCCCCCACCACCCCCCCCACGCCCUGACUCGCCCGUCUGGAGUGAGCCGGCCCCUCUGUACCAUCGAAUGCCCAACAAGGAGGGGAUCCCUGCCCCAGAGAGGGGGCUGUCGGGGACCGUUGCCAUGGCCCCUACACCAGAUCACGGUGCAUUCUUGUCAUUGCUGGCCUCCAACGCUGGGGCAGGUGAGGACCUCCCAGCCCUGAGACAAAACCACGCGUGCCUUUCCCCAGACCCAGACUCUGUCGAGACAGCAGGCAGUAGCGUGCCCCCUCUAAAUGGAAAUAUUUUUGUAAGGCUCUGGGGCAGGGAGGGAGCAUGAAGUAUGAGGAAAACUUGAAUUCCAGAUUUUUAAUGCAAAGUAUUUAUCAUUUGUACCAGAAAUAAAAGUUUAAAUUUU